AUGGCCAUCAAUAUUGACGAUCACGAUCCUGGAUAUAUCCCUCCUCCACCAACCCGUGAACAAGAAAUCGAAUACAUUGAGAAUUUAGAAAAAGAGUUUAGAAAUCGCCACUUCCGCCACAGAAAUUACGCUCCAGACCCUACAAGACGCUUCUGGCAGAGCUAUGAUGAUAAAAUUACCCACUACCGUCUUGAUUAUUGGCUGAAGUUCUUGCUCGGUGCAUUCCUGGCAGUGCCGUUGGCAGGUUACCUUACAAGGAAGUCUCCAUCAAAGUCAAGCUUUAUGAAUAUUCCUUUCAGAACUUAUCCAUACCAGCAGAACUUCAGAUUUUGGACUUUCUUUCUUACUUAUGAUCUCGGCUUGGCCUAUGGAUUCGCUCAUUUACUUAAGAACACUGAUUACUUUGAGCCUUUAAUCCCAUUAACAAGGGAAAAAAAGUUAUAA